GGUCAAGACUUGAUGAGCUCGACCCGUUGACGUUCACGGACUUCCAGUGGAUGCCCGUUCCCUCGACCGAAUGAUUGUCGAAACCGCAUUGCAAUGUGCUUAUGGCACAAUUGCGGGACUACUUGCACACUGCAGUACCAGCUCCAUUGAUGAACGUCGGAGUAGAGAUUGUCGACCUUCACGUUUACAUCGUGAAGAUCGACCGCGAGUUCAAGACGCAACGGUACGACAACAUCGACGCACCGUUGCUAUACGUACGCAUUCAGAUCGGAGAGGCGACCUGCAGUGCCUUGAUCGAUUGCGGAGCAUCUCGCAACUACAUCAGCCAGGACUUCAUGGUACGCGCCGAUCUUGGCCCACGUGUCCGGAGGAAGUCCCAGCCUACGCAAGUCACUCUGGCAGACGGUCGUACGCACAAGUCCAUCGACUGGUGCAUUGACGCCGUCCCAGUGUACUUUGCCCCUCACGCAAGUGAGGCGGUGUCCUUUGACAUUCUGGACACCAAAUUUGACAUGAUCUUGGGCAUGUCAUGGCUGCGAAGCGAGGAUCACCCGGUGAACUUCUUCAACCGCACCGUUCACGUUCGUGAUCGGAACGGAGUAUUAGUUCCAUGCACGGUGCCUCUUCCUCAUCCUUCAAUCAGCUGCCACGUGGUAUCCGCCGCAAGCAUGCGAGCUUCCAUCAUCAGAGACGACAUCGAGGAGAUGGGGGUGUGUUUUCUCCACGCCCUCCCGUCACAUGACGCUUCAUCGACGGACUCACCUUCGGAUCCACGCAUCACCGAACUUCUCGACGCCUACAGCGACGUGUUCGAAGGCCCGCACGGAGUAGUACCGGAUCGACCCAUCCGCCACGAGAUCAUCCUCGAGGACGGGGCCGUACCUCCGCCCGGUUGCAUCUACCGAAUGAGCGAGGAAGAGUUAAGUGUGCUUCGGGCACAACUCGACGACCUUCUGGAGAAAGGUUGGAUUCGGCCUAGCUCAUCGCCAUACGGUGCUCCUGUUCUCUUCUUUUUCUCAAAGCUGGAUCUCAAGUCAGGGUACCACCAACUCGAGAUUCGCAAGGAGGACUGUUACAAGACCGCAUUCAAGACACGGUAUGGGCAUUUCGAAUGGCAGGUUAUGCCAUUUGGCCUUACGAAUGCCCCGGCCACUUUCCAAGCGGGUAUGACAACGGAGUUCCGACACAUGUUGGAUCGAUACGUACUUAUCUAUCUUGACGACAUCCUGGUGUACAGCCGGAGUUUGGAGGAGCAUGUGGAACACCUGCGCACCGUUUUGGAGCGGCUACGACAGGCCAAGUACAAAGCCAACCGCGACAAGUGUGAAUUCGCCCGGCAGGAGCUGGAAAACUUAGGCCAUUAUGUGACGCCGCAAGGCAUCCGUCCGCUCGCGGACAAGAUCGAGGCCCUACGAGUAUGGCCCGAGCCCACCAACACCACGGACGUUCGUUCAUUCAUGGGAUUGGCUGGCUACUAUCAGCGAUUCAUCACCAGAUACUCCAGGAUUGUUGCACCUAUAACGAGGUUACAGUCACCAAAGGUGCCAUUCGUCUUCGAUGACGACGCACGCCGAUCAUUCCAAGCACUUAAGACGGCCAUGCUCAUGGCACCCGUCCUCAACAUCUAUGACCCCACCUUGCCGACGAGAGUGACUACGGAACUUCCGGCUAUGGCAUUGGGGCAGUCUUGGAACAGCACGACGGCGACGACUGGCACCCUCAGAUCGCGAAGACCAGAUCUUUGCGAUAUGACACAUCAUGCCUUCGCAUUCGACGAGGAGCUUCAACGACACUUCAUCCGGGCAUAUCAGUCUGAUCCGGACUUCGGCACGCUCUAUGCACAGCUAUCUUCGGAUCACCCGCCGACGAGCCAUUACCGCAUUGCCGACGGGUACUUGCUCCUCCACUCGAGAGGCAAGGACUUACUAUGCGUCCCACGCGACCAUCGUCUUCGGCCUCGCCUCCUCGGCGAGUAUCAUGAUUCACGACUCGCGGGCCAUUUCGGAGUCACCCGCACUAUUGCACGGCUUCGACAGCGAUUCCGAUGGCCCGAGCUCAUUACCGAUGUCACUCGGUAUUGCGACUCUUGCGAAGUUUGCCGACGCAGCAAGCCCCGCAACCRCAAUCCCUACGGCGAGUUACACCCGAUGCCUAUUCCACGGGAACCCGGUCUCUCCAUUGCCAUGGACGUCACCGGUCCAUUUCCUCGCGACCGGCUCGGGCACGACGGCAUCCUCACGGUUGUGGACCGAUUGAGUAAGUACGCGCGUUUUCUCCCUUGCAAGUACUACUCCACGGCUCCCGCGCUGGCACGCCUCCUGCACACUGGUUGGAUUUGUGGCCACGGUGUACAAGAAGACAUUGUCAGCGACCGCGACACUCGUUUCAUGUCGGCGUUUUGGACUGCUCUCAUGCAGGAGUCCAACACAAUAAUGAAACCAAGUUCGGCUCGACAUCCUCAGACAGACGGGCAGACGGAGCGGGCACAUCAAACCGCUCAAAUGAUGCUUCGUACGCUCAUCCGUCCAGACCAGAAAGAUUGGGUUGACCGCCUCCCCGACAUCGAGUUCGCCUCCAACACUUCAGUGUAUCCGGCGAUCGGCGUGACUCCAUUAGAGUUGCACCACGGUGGACGGAAAGGCCGGAUAUUCGCAGACCUUCUCCUCCCUCGACCAGCCGACAUCGACGCUGCCUGCUCUCCCACUUCCGUCGGGAAGUACAAGGAAUUGUUAACUCAAGCCCGCGCAAAUAUGCAAAAGGCUCAAGUCUGCAUGCAGCAACAAGCCAACAGGCGUCGCGUACCAUGUCCCAUCCACGCCGGUGAUCUGGUUUGGGUCUCCGCGGAAGAGUUUGCACUGGAACAAGAUGUUUCACGCAAACUGCUUCCCAAGUGGUUUGGACCUUGGUCUGUGACAGCAGCCGCGGGCGAUGAGCCCGAUGGCCCUUCAUUUGUGAUCAACAUUCCAAAGCAUCUGACGGUCCAUCCGGUCUUCCACGCCUCGAAGCUGGCAACAUACACGCCAACCAAGAGCGAUGACUUUCUGAACCGACGAUCGCAGGACCCUCCUAUGGAUGGCCAUCAGGAAGUUGACCGCGUCAUCUCCGAUCGCAAGUACGGCAGCAAGCCGCGGCAGUAUAAAGUCACAUUCAAAGCAUGCGAUCGCGACAACACUCGGUGGAUUUCAGGCGCAGAUUUGAAAGCAUCCGCACCGCUGAUCUACGAGCAUUAUGAAAAGCGCAGGGCUGCAUUACAACAUUGAUUGUUCGGAUCACUAGUAUCUAAGUCUUCCGCUG